UAAUUAUAUACUCAAUCCUGCAAAAAAGCUGAAAACACAAAAGGCAUUUUGUAUGUCUGUGGGCACAACAAACAGAUCAAAACAAGUACAAGACUCUGUAAUAGCACAAAAUUACCAUUAUAUAACAUAUAUAUUAUGGAAGUGGAUUAUUGCCUUUGACUGUUGAGAAUGGCAGGAGAUUGGGACCAGAUAUAGUAUUUCACACCCGUAACCCACCAGAAUUCCUCUAAAAACUCAAAGCUCUAAGAGUUAAACAGAUGCUGUUAUUUCUUGGCUGAGGUACAUUUUAGGGCAAAGUCCUCAGCUCAUUUGUAAAUGGUUAACAAUAAAGGAUUGUGCUUGAAGGCAAAGAAGCAAGCAAUUCCCGUUGUAUCUCUCCAUUAAAUCUCAAGCCAAUUCUCCUCCUUACUGUGUUGAACCGGAUGCGACCUGACUGUGUUGAUUAGAGGCUACUGUAACACUGUUGUGUUCGAUGAGUCUGCACUUGGUGUUCAUUCACAACAUCAACAUCACACCUGGACUUUUCUCUGGUGUCAGAACUCUGUCAUGUGGCGGUCAUGCAACUGAGCGUCUACACUUCUUCUUAACAGCCAGACCGCCAAGUUUCUGUUGGAACGCCUUCAAAAAAGUUCGUCAUUGAGUCACAACGUUGGAGACAGUGAUGACAGUGGUGGGGUUGAUGACAAAUUCUAACUCAAAUGUUCUCACCAGCAUUGAUGAAAGGAUAUUACAAAGAGUAGCUACUGGAAACAAUUCUAGAGACAGUAACAGACAGAGUAGUGGACUGCCCAAUUGUCUUGUUUCAUGUUUUUCAUAAUUUGGGUAAUUCAGCUGAAUUUGCUGAGUACGGUAUGUCCUAUGUUUGUCGUCACUGAACAGUGUUUUCAUAUAAAAGAAUGAGACAGUGCUUGCUGUAAAUCUAGUCUAAAUGCUGCCUGUCUAAGGGCCUCGAUAAAGCGGAAGCUGGAAAACACACAACAAAGGGCCAGAAGAAUAUCCACCAAAGCCUCAGUUUGGGCUUCUAGCGCCAGUCAAAGCAAUAUCUGGAAAAACUUUUUAUCCUGCAACAACAAAAACACGCAGCAUCCCAGAUUUCAGGCCCAGGCAUAGCUGCAUCAAACCACACUGCCCGCUAUGGUCAGGCCUUAGAAAAGAGGCUUAUACAGAAAUCCAGCGAGGGCUAAACGCAUCGUACCAGAGGCUACAUCGCAUGACAACACAACCAACAGAGUGAGCCCAACCUCGGUCAGACAGCAGGUCUUGUGAGGUCAUUCCCAAAUACCGCAGAUAACACUAGCUCUUCGCCAUGAUUGUCUUCUAGCAUGAAAGAAGUUUUGUGGUCGUAGGUGGAAGGAGGAGGGGGUUUCUCAGAAGAGAGAUGUUCAGAAAUGUUCUGUUUCAGUCUUAAGUAAAUGUUAUGAUAAUUUCAUUUGCGUGAGUAAUUGUGUCUGGUCUUGCAGACUGUUCUGGCACUAGAGUGCAGAGUGGGAGAACAAGAGAGGAUCAGGCGGCACGCCUAUUGUUUAUUGGAUCAAUUUGAAAGGAUUGGAGGAGAAGGGGAAGAUAUGAUUUGUCCAUUUCCUUCACACCCUGCAUGUUUAAGUUUAGUGAACAAGGGGAAGCUUUGAGACUCUGGACAAAGGGAUCCACAGCCGUGUCCUCCUUUCUCCUGGAACACAGUGUUCAUUAUACGACUUGGAAGGAAUAUCAGAGCAUGACAGUGUGUUGCUGAUUUUAAUUUACUUUCUUUAAAACACAGGGACACAGAUCGUAGAAGAUUUAAUAGUUUAAAAAGGAAUAUUUCUAAACCAUAAGGCAACAAAGGGGCAUGAUCAAUAUAAGUAGCAGCAAUUACCGCCUGUGAAAGAACCCUGUCAUUUUUAACACAAAACAAAUUCCAUAGAGCUGUUGUGACACAGUUUCCCUUACUGUUUUAGUAUAGCAUUCCAACGGCAAAGACAACAUGCUGGAGGCGUGAGAAUUGGAAAUGCAACAAGUUAUCUCUCUUGUGCAACCCAGCAUUCCUGUCCAUACAUGUCUGUGUGCGAUAAUGUGCUUUGAUUACACAGAAAACCUAUAGGACUCCAGUCAGGCAGAAGGGCCUGUGGAGUGGGGUGGACUCAGAGGCUUUAGACAAGCGAACAGCAGGCAGGAAAUCAGGAAAGCAGCAGAGCAAAGGGACAAUGACAUGGAGAUUAGAGAUCAGUUAACCCCCUCCUCGGGGCGACUGUCUGCUCAUUGACUAUGACUUCCUUUUUUUUUUUUUUUUUUUUAACAUAAGCACACAUCUACACACACUCCCAGACACAAACACGACCUGUUGUGCACUCACUAACCUAUUCAAACUCAACUCCUCUUGUACUUCCCAACUCUCAAACACACAGACACACCAUUCAGCUCUUAAGGAAAUGAUCUGUGCAUCGCAGUGUUUCCCACAGCUUGCCAAUUGUCAGUAUCACAGGAAUUAAAUCAGAAGCUCCUGCAUUUCCUGCAGGUAAUGGGUGCAGCCAACCAAACAGCAGGGAUUACUUUAUCACUUCUGACUAAAAGGCCAACUCACGCCGCAAACAGGAUGAUAUCAUCUAACGGCUGGCAACCAUUCCAAAGUCGGAUGACAGCAAAUAUACACUAAGAAAGGCUUGAAAAAAAAAAACUGAGGCAAAGCCUCCACCUGGAUGCCUUAACACUCCUGUACUCUGACCUCACCUGUGCAAAGAAGACUUCACCAGCAACACACCUGGAGGGUUCUGCAAUGCAAGGGAGAGUUUACACUGGGAAGGAUUAGCAGAAGGAUCAAAUGUCCAGUGACUGAAAACACCCAUCUACGCAGUAGUAUGGGCAAAGGCUGUACAACCAUGGCUUCUCUGUAACAACUGAACAAGUCCAAUCAUGUCAAGGAACAGUUUGCCAGGGUGUGCAGGUAGACGCAGCCUAGUUUCCUGACAGAGACGUGUGUGCAUGUGUGGGAUUCAAAUAUCCUGUAUUUGCUAAGCAAGACAGAUGGCAUUAUGCUUUUAAGCUUCAGCACUUCCUAAGGAUUCACUGUUGAACAAAGGAGGAAAUACAAAAGGAUAGAAAGACUUUUCAAUAUAUAUAAAAAGGAUAAAAAACCAUUUAAGGCUAUCUCAAUCAAAUCUCCCAAGAUGCCACUGAGAACAUCGUCGUAUAGGAAGCCAUCCUCUGGUCGUUGGCCCAGCAGAAACUCCAAGCGCAGGGAGGUGCUGUCAGUAAACAUGAUCAGCCUGCCAUUGGCUGAUUUCCGCCACAUUACACAUAUUGGCAACGAUGCCCACACAGACAGCUUCGGAGACCUGUCCUUCUUGAAGAUGGGCCACAGCCUGCUCUUACAAAGUUCCCAGAGCGAGCAGAACCUCUUCAUGGCCUGCUCUCCACCGCCGAAACCCCCUCGUCUGAACCUGGAUGAGACAGAGGGUUCGGAGAGCCCCGACUGGUCUGUCGGCCACAAGCACAACACCUCCCAGAAGAGAAAGAAAUGUAACUCUAUGCCACUGCUGGACAGUGAAGAUGGAGAAGGACAAAUGGAAAAGGAGGAUGGGUGCCAAAGGGGGCAUAAUGCUGCUUAUUAUCAGAGUCACAGCCUUGGUCGGGGGAGCGUGAGUUCAGACAAGGAUGGAGACUUCACAGAAAUCUGUGACAAAACUGCUGGACAGCAAAUGGACGAGGACAGUGGCUUUUCAUUCAGCCUCGACCUGGGCCCUUCGAUCCUGGAUGAUGUUCUGCAGGUGAUGGACAAACUCCACAAUUAGACGUAGCAGCCAAGCACUACAGGAUGGCUUUACUAUGUGAAUGGAAUAUGGAAAAGAGAUCCUACUCAACUUGUUCUAGGGGACAAACUUCUGACUUUGUGGACAAACCAAUAUCCUACAGCGAUGUUAUUGUCCAAAUAAACCUGAAGUUAUCUGUUUCUAUGAUCUAAGAAUACUGAACAGAGACAAAUAAACUGUGGAGCGAACUGAUAGCACCUGUGUUUUAAUGGAGGUAAACUAGUUCACUGGAAAUGCUAGUGGACAGGAUAAAGAACUCUCUCUUCUUUCAUCAUUUCAGUAAAACAUUACUUAGGUGAAUCAGAUUCCAGCAAACUUUUAAGAUAAACAUCUUACUCUAAAGACAGACAGACAGUCAGAGAGUCAGUCAUUGUGUCCAUAAGACCCUGUGGUCCACAGCAUUUGUUAAAAAGUAAGACAACUACACAAAGUUAAUGUUCUCCUUAGAUUCACCCUUUGCAAAGGUAGAUACAAUCUUUGAGUUAAUCAUUGAACCCUUUCUGAUGUCAAACUCCAAGCUGGACAUUUUCACCUUUUACUUCCCUCUUUUGCUAGUGCAAUCCCCCAAACCACAGAGCACAGCGCUGGAAACGGCUGUUAAGACUUAAGAGUGUUGUGUUUAAGAAAAGAAAAGCUGCGGCUGGAAUCCAAGUUCCUCGAGCUGUGAUGUCUUGGCUCUUGGCGUGCUUGCCAAUCUAUUGUGUGCAGAGGGCAAUUUUUCCUCCGCACGCAUCCCAGAGGCCCCACUCAAAGGUAGACCAAGGUACCCCCCAUCUCUCAUUCCCAACAAUGUAGUGAAAACAAACACUUAGCUCUGCUUCCAAUAAAAGCCAGCCAGUGGUGGCAAGUUGGGCUGCAGACCAGGCCAGGCCACAGGUCGAAGACCUCAGAACAAGAAAAAAAAAAGCAGGAGUUAGCUGUUUUCUUAGCUGCAAAUCAGAGUCUGAUGCUCUGGUGAGUGGCGCACGAGAAGGAAAGUGGUAAAGGGUAAUGCGAUACUUCCACAUAUGCAGGGGGUGUCGAGGGAGGAGGACCAGAGACAUCCAUUACUGCAGCAUAAGUCCUAAUGAGGCUUUAAACACUACCCUCUGACCAAACAGACCCCCGACACGUGAAAAAUACAUGCUUGCAUCUCGCAUAGACUGGCGCACAAGCAAAGAGAAACACACACACGUAAAGGUGUAAGCACGUAUGGUGAAACAGAGAUUUGUGCAGACAAUCUAGGUCCAUUUUCCUCAGGUCUGGAGAGUAGAAUCAGGACAAUCUGUGCCUUAGUGGGAGGUUGCCAGGAAAGGCUGUGGGGCAAACCCAGAACCAGUCAAAUUCCUCAGUGCCCCACGGGUCAUGCUGCAAAAUAUACGAACCACAAGUGUCCCGGUUCAAGCAAUAGAUUUAGAAUUCUAUGUAUGUCCCAACAGAAACAGCAAUGUUUGUGGGUACAUCUGCAUUGUACAUCUGUUUUGGCAUCUCCUAUUUUAAACUGGAUAUCAUUGCCCCUGUUUCUUGUACAUGUUAUGACAAUAAUACAUUAUGAAACUUUUUUUUUGCAUUGAAAAAUGUACUGUUUUGUAUUUUGGGGAAGUAAAGAAAAAUAUCUUUCAAAUUCCAAGUUUGGUGGUUUUGUGGAGAGAAGUACUCGUGUCAACAUUUUAAGAGCUCGUCUGAGAUUGUUUACACACGCGGAUGGACUGACAUUUAUUUGGCUUUUUAACCAUCAGAAGCCACUUUGGAGGCAAUAAGCCUUGUCUGUCACUUAUACCUAACAAGUUUCUAGAGAAAUUAUGGCCUUGGACUAUCUAACACUACAAGCAGUGCAGUAUUAUGUUAAGGUGAAGAGAUAUACGAGCCUAAAUUAGACAGGCACGUCAAGCAGGAUUUCAUGUAGAGUCACUAUAGUGUAGUAAACUGGACUUUGAAACAGCUGCUGGGUUGUUGGCAUUCAGUGCUCUGAAGUACACAUAUAUGACAAAGAAGUGACAUUCAGUGGCUAACCAGGGUUUGUCUGCAAUUUGUCAGACUGUUCUAUACAGGCUCCU